AUGGAAUCCCUAUCAACGAAACCACAAAGAGUGCCGAUGUUCUCAGCAUUCUUGCGCUCACGAAGGAUUCGUGGGCUGAUAUUCCUGCUGGUCUCCUUGUUUGGACUCUACUACCUGUUCUUGAACACGACCAAGCACCUGGGCACGACAUCCACGCGUGUGGAGUUGAAUGGCGAGGGCGAGCCACUGGAUUUGACACAGGAUACACCUCAGCGUGGCGAUAGCGAUGCGGGACAGGAGACGCCGAUGGUGGUACUGGAGAAGCGGAUCCAGCAUUUGAUCGAUACGAAUCGGAUCAUGGUGUUCUCAAAGUCGUAUUGCCCGUACUCUGCGGCGGCGAAGAAACUGCUUUAUAGUUAUACACAGGAUAUCAAGGUGCUGGAAGUCGAUCUGGAAGACAACGAUGCGGAUAUUAAGAGAGUGUUGACAAAGAUUGCACGUGGACAUUCGACGUUCCCCUCGAUCUUCUUGAAGGGCGAGUCGAUUGGCGGACGGGAUAACUUGCAGGCGUUGGAGGAAAAGGGACAGCUCCGACCACGACUUGAAGCCCUGGGUGUGUCGCUCGUUUGA